AUGUGUAUCAUGGCUUGCAACCGAUCCAAUGAGAUCCCCAAUCUCUGCAUAGACCAGGGGACCUACCUCAGCCAACACCUGAGUCCUCAGUCUCGACCAGCCGACUUCUUCGAAAGACCUGACCCUCUCGCUGCCAACUGGAGCUACGACAACGCGAUUGACCUGUUCUCUAUCAACCCCUCCGACAUGGAGCCCGUCUCGUUCGACUUCGCCGACAGCCUCACCAACAUCGAGUCCAAGGAUCUCUUCAACGACCCCUUUGCCAGCUCCGGAAUCAGUGGCUUCUCCAUGCCCGAGGACGCAGCUUCUCUCUCAUCUGAGUUCGAAAGCGACGAUCAAACAUGGCCCUCUGCUGCCCGUCAAUCCAUUGACUCAAACGCCUUCGAGACCGAGUUGACUUCAAACUACACCUCGUCUCAACCUCAAACACAGAGCAAGACUCGCUCAUCUUCAGCAAGCUGGUCAUCCAGUCCAGAGAUGAAGCAAGAAGAGAUUGCUACUCCUCUACCCUCCAAACCCACCACAUCCACAUCCCGCAAGACCCGUAGCUUCUCCCGAGACUCCAACCACUCCUCAACCGGCGGCCAAGACCCUCAAAUGCGGAAUGCAGCCAAGCGUGCCGCCCACAACAUCAUUGAGAAGCGCUACCGUACCAACAUGAACGCCAAAUUUGUUUCUCUCGAGCAGGCCAUCUCGCCCUCGGGGGUUCAAAAACAUACCAAGGUUGGCGCGGGAUCUCUCAAGAAGUCCGAGAUCCUCAGCAAUGCCCUCACCUACAUCGAUAGCAUUCAGCAGGAGAACCAGGCCUUGCACAAGGAGCUCGCAAUGCUCAAGCAAAACCUGCUACCGGCGGGAGGAAUCUGGCGUCAGACCAAAAACCCCCGACUUUGA